AUGAGAAUUAUUGGUGGUGUAAUAAAUUAUUUGACAAAUAAUGCUGACGCUACUUGGGAAACUGAAGAUCGUUUGAAAAGAUCCUGGAACAAGAUAAAUGAUUUUUUAACAAUGACAGGAAAUAUGGAACACCUACAAAAACAGCAACAACUAAAUGCAGAAACAUCUAAUAAUGAUCAUAACAAUACUAAUAUUAGCAACAAUAAUAAUGAUUAUAGAAACAUUAAUCCUAAUAAUAAUAGCGGAAAUAUUGGUAGUAUUAAUAAUGAUAGAAACAUUAACAAUAGAAAUACUAACACUAGUAUUAAUAAUAAAAUUAAUACUAGUAAUGUUGAUAAUAAUAGGAAUAAUAGUUUAAAUAAUAGGAAUAUUAGUAGUGUCAAUAAUAAUAACAAUUUUAAAUGCCAACUUCUACCAGAAAAACGAAAACUUGUUGUGUUACAGGUACCACCAAAUAAAAAACAAACAUUAGCUAGAUUAACAAAAAGGCCUGAAUCUAUUCCUAAACAAACAGCUACUAAACCUUUAUCACUAUCUCCUACUGUUGAUUAUACUGAUUGUAGAAUAAUUGUAUGUAUAAUAAAUUAA